UAUUAAUACCCUGUUUGUUGUGUCUCUUACAGCGGUGGCAGCGGCGAUGGUUUGUGCUGUACGACGAUGGAGAGCUAACCUACUCCGUCGACGAUCACCCCGCCACGAUCCCCCAGGGCGUUAUCGACAUGAACCGGGUGCUGGAGGUGUCGCAGGCAGAGGAUGUGACGGGUAAUCAGUUCAGCCUCGCUAUCACCGCCCCAGACAGAGUGACUUUUAUUAAGGGCACCUGCAGAGAGGAGUCACGCUGGUGGAUGGAUGUUCUCUCUGUAUUCCCCCGGACCCACAAGCAACAAGGUCGUCACAAACGAAAUGCAACCUUCCCGGGGAUCAAGUCAACGACAGUGUUGAAGCAGAGUAUGGUGCUGCAGUCUCCAUCAGCAACACUUGCACCCACGACAUUCGAGACACCGAUUGGGCAACGGGUGCGAUUUCACAGCUGCACCACUGACCCUCUGGGAGGGCGACCCCCUUCAGCCCCUGCCAUGGACAUUGAUGAAGAUGUUUUCCCCACCAAGGACUCCUCAGUCACCAACACAUCCAUCCCCCAUCCCUCAUCCAGUCAAACACAUGCUCCCUUGUACCACUCGACCCCUCUCUCCUCCCUUCCUCCAUCAACCAGGAUACUGAGGGAUGAACAUAAAGAAAACACACCACCCUAUACCGAAGAUUACACAGAUAAUCCACCCACUUCAGAGUCGCCCCCAACACAGGAUAAGUUGAGUCACAAGUUCCGUACUCGCCGGGCAAUCAAACGUGAAGCUCGAGGCCUCACACAACCUAGGAGUAAGUCGGAGAUGUCGGCCCUCUUCCCAGCUAACCCACCAUCUUCAAUGUCUGCUCUGAGUCGUGGGUCUUCCUCAACCACUGGAAACACCACCACUUCCCCAUACUCCUCCGGGAGCACCACCACCUCUUUUACUGGAAAUGCUACCUCCUCCCCUUACUCUUCCACUGGGAACAUCACCGCUUCUCCUUACUCCUCCUCUGGUUGCACCACUACCACCACCUCUUCUUACUCCACUCCAGAGGGUUCUCGUUCCAUUCUGUCCCCCACUCCACCUGCUGUGGUUGACCCACUAACUUCUCUAGAAGGACGUGGUAUUCGUCGUGCAACCAUUGCUGUAACCUCUUCUCUUUCCUCUUUAUCAUCCUUGAAUUCUUCUUCCUCUUCUAAUUCUUCUACUGGGAUGAACUCCCUAUCAUCCUCUGUUGGUGGUUUUGAGAGUGGUGGUGGUGACAGUGGCGGUGGGCCAUCAUCACUCCGGAGCCUUGAUUCAGGCGUGCAUGUUCCUACUAGACCCCAUCCCCGCACGGCGCCAGACAAGCCAGCAGGUGACGUGACGAGACGACAGCUCAUUACUGACUUAGAGGAAACCAAACGAGAGGAGAAAUUAAAGGAUAUUGCCGACUCUAUCACACGACCCCGAGGAAGUUCUUCACUCGCCUACCUCAACACCAAGCCAGGAAUAGGGGAUGUAAAGCCUACGCGAGAACGUGAUGCUCAGGACGAGACAGAAGGUUCACCAGAUCUGACGAAGACUUCAUCCCAGGAUAAGACCGAUUCAUCUCAUCCAGACCAUGUGAGGGGAGAUCCAGAUGGGUGUGGGUUAGAGGUCUCCCCACCCUACACAGUCAACCCAGAUCUCCAGCGAGUGGAUCUCCCAGCUGAGGACCUCCUUUACAUCAAGAAGGGUUGGCUCAUGAAGCAGUCUCUUAACCAGGACUGGAACAAGUAUUGGUUUGUGCUCCGAGGGACAGGGCUGAUGUUCUACCGUGAUCCCAGUGCUGAGGACAAUGGAAUUCUGGAUGGUAUCAUUGAUCUCAGUGUUGCCAAGUCAAUAGAAGAGUGUGAAGUUGCUAGAAAUUAUGGUUUCAUGAUUAUGACAUGGGAAGAGAAGAAAUAUGUCUUCUCUGCUGUAACAUCAGGCAUCCGGGGCAAUUGGGUACAAGCUUUAAGAAAUGCAGCAAAUCUAAAGGAAUCCAAAGACCGACCAUUGACCCUCGGAGAGCAGAUUGAAAGAGAGAUUGUUGCUAAAAGGGAAAGACAUAAUUCACAAAGUUCCAAUUUUGAAAGUACGUGUAUGGCAGCUGAGCGUGACCAGGGUAGUGAUGUGCACAAUGAGUCCAUCUCAUCAGCCAACAGUCGCUACGUCUUUUCAUCUGAUGAUGAAUAUCGAACCGCCUCGGAAACUUCUGCCAGCAGCCGCAUCCAAAGUAAUGAUGAUUACUUUGAGUGGGGUGAGAAGGAGGGAAAACAUACCAAAAAACUUCUCAAAGAAAAAAAAGUCUCCCAAAACCCUGGUAGUUUACCCACCACUGCCAGCUGUGCCUCCUACGACAAUCUCGCUCUUAACACCAGCCAGAGUCUCCCCAGCUCCCCACCCCUGGCUCGUACUCCUAUCUCCAGGGUGAAAGAUCGUGCACGGUCAAGGUCAAACUCCAGGUCAAGGUCCAGCAAGAGGUCAAGAUCCUCGCCACCGUCAUCACGACGCAGCACACGGGAUGACUUCCCAACUGUUACCAGAGAUGACAUCUUGGUGUCGUGCUUCUCUGAGGCUGGAUCCCUUCACUCUAUCCCAGACCUAGAUGACAGACAGCAGCCUGAAAAGGAAAGUAGUGCCACAACCCUGACGGGCUCCGGUGAUGCCUUGCUCGUUGACCUUCUUGAGACCCAGGUAGAGAGUCUCAAGGCAAAGCUGGAACAAACACAGGCCGACUAUCUGGAGCUGCACAAAGAAAAUUCUGGCCUGAAGACUCGUCUGCGUGGAGGAGGAGCUACCCCCUCCAACACGGCCACUGGCGCCCACCACCACCACCAUCAUCUUCACCAUCUCAGUCAAUCUGACCUUGACCUGCUCCACCAGUCCCCUUCUAGUAGGUCAAGAGCAAAACUUGAGCUUAGUCUGGCAGAGGCUCGGGAGACCAUAACGUCCCUUACGGCUGACCUAACUCGACUACGCAAAAAGUUGGAGGUGUGUGAGGGUGAUCUGGACAGGUCAGAGAGAGAGGUUGAUAAGCUGAGACGUGACAAGGAUGAGAUGACCUCGGACACGUUCAGCCUGAGGCGUCGUGUGGCCAGUCUUGAGAUGCAGAUCAAGGAACUGCUUGACCGUGUAGAGGAGCAGGAGCACGACCUCUCUGAGAAGGCGUCCUGUGCCAAUGAACUCAACGAGAUGAGGAAGAAGUACAAUGAACUAUUGGAACAUCUGUCAACCCAGUCUGAGUCAUAUGGAAAUGUUGACUGGAAGCAACACUUUGAACUUCUGGAGAAAAAGUAUGUGAAAGAGCGAGAGGAAUGGGAGGAAAGAGUCAGUACCGAAGAAAAUAAAUAUUUGGAACUUUCUGCAACCCAAACAAAUCGACACGAUGAUGUUCGGAGGCUUAACAGGUCUCUGCAGGAAGCAGAAACACGCAUACAGGUACUUGUAUCAGAACUAGAAGUUGAGAGAUCAAACAUGAACUCUCAGAGGAAGAUGUCCGCCUCUGCUGAGGUGACAGGUUUACGACGAGAAAAUCAGGAGCUUACUAACAAAUUGGAGCACCUGACAAAUGACCUGGCUCGAAUGCGUGAUAAUCUGAAAUCAGAAAAAUCUGAAGCAUAUAAGUGGAAAGACCUGGUGAAGGAACUACGAUCAUUGCUUGAUGGGAAAAAUGAAGAAAUUGAAAGGAAGAGAGAAGAGGUUGAAGGUCUCCGUGAUUCAUUGAAGACCACACAAAGAGAGCUGGAACACACUGCUGACCGCUUACAUCGUGGCAUUGAAGAAAAUGAAACUUUGUGCAGCAGGAUACGUGAACUGGAGCGACAACGACAAGAUAAAGACCGACGGGCUUCUUCCAAUCUGUCCAUUUCCAGCAGCCGAGAGAGAUUCUCAUCUAAGAAAAACCUUCCCCGCAUAGAUUCCAUCAGCGACCUCACGAACUUUGAUUUCACUCUAGAACCAGAUGAACUAGACAAGGAACAGUUGGUUGAUGAAUAUAAUGAGCUUCGGUUAAGGUUUGAAAAGGCUGUUAAUGAAAUCAAGGCUCUGAAGAGAGAAUUCCGAGAGAUUCAAAAUCAACAGGAUGAAAUGGAAUUGUCCAACUUGAAAUUGAAGCAAGACUUAAAAGGCAGUGAGGGAGACUUCAAUUCUCAACUGAGCCUCAUGACAUGCAGGAUACAAGAUCUGACUAAUAAACUCACUAAUUCUGAGAAACAGGUUCGUCUCCUCAAGCAGAAGAUUAGUCGUGCAGAAAGUCGAGAUCGCAGACGAACUCAAAGUCUCAAAGGACGGGAGUCAUUUGCCCUUUCUAAAGACAUAGAGUUAAAGUUGUCUCAACUAGAAACAAAGAUUGAGCAGCUGCUGCAGUCACAGAUCACAUUACCAGGCGUGGAAGAGGAAAACAAAGGUGAAGGUGGAUCCAGUCAACCCAAGGAACCUAAAAUGCCAAAGAGAUCUAAAAGCUUUGAUGAAUCCACAAAGUCUUCUCGUCUGCGCAGGAAGUCACUUGACAGCCCCUCAAGUUCGGAAGCAAUGAAGGCCAUUGUUCGUCUCAAUACACUUGAAUCCAAGGUAUCAAGUCUCACUGGGGAAGCAGUAACAGUAACUCCCACAGAUGUUACUAGCAGCAAGACUUCAACCCGGCCAAGGUCACCAACUCACCCAACAUCACCUCUCAAAUCUCCCAUGCGAUCUCCAUCUCUGCCCAGGAAGACAUUGCGUUCACCCCGAGUCACGCCUGAAAAAGCUGUCAAGCUAAACCGUUCGGACUCUGAAACAAAACAUUUACGAGAGAAAUUGGCUGCUUUAGAGAAAGUCUUGUCAACACUACAAUCACAGUUGAGUGAGUGCGUCGCUUGGGCUGGAUCAGUUGAGUGCGUGUGCUCAUGUGGAGCUCCUGGGAUCUCCUCUUUACAGCAACGUUUAAAUAGUGCUAUAAAGUUGGCUCAGCUUCGACACUCUCCACUCGACCAAGUUCAAGUCAACAAACUGCGUCCAAUUGUUAUGCGCUUACAAGAUAUGCUCAGGGAUAAAUUGACUGAACUAACAAAUCGUCGAGACCAUCUUAAGGCGGCUGGCAAAUGGACAAGAGAAAUGCAGUUGAAGCUGUUUGCCGAGCGGCUGGCAUAUGAGACAGUAGUACUAACACAGGUAGCACAGGUUGUUCAAGCAGCCCAGCGGCCACAUAUGUAUGAGGCGUCGGUCAAACUUCAGGAGCUUAUUGAAGCCCACCGUAAACUUUCAUUCCUGGAGAAGAAACUGACCAACCCAGACUUUGAUAUGGAAACAAUGGCACCAUUAGAUUUUUAUACAAGUUUACUAGCAGAAAAAUUGGUGGUCCAGGGAGAAGUGUCUUUAACUAUCAACCCUAACUCACCUGCAAGCCGAACCCCCACAGUUCCUGCUGCCCUCACAGAGACAUGUCGGGACCUUCAGUCUCGACUACUCGAAAGAGAAAGAUCUUUAGCUAAUUUGAUUACACAAUACAAAGAGGGAAAGCUUCACGAGGUAGCUGUGGUGAUGGCACGAGAGACUGUGACUGGUACUGGUCCUCCCCAUGAUGACUCGGUGUUGCUGGAGGAGGUGAGGAUGCGUGAAGUCUGGUCAGUGGCUCAGGACCUGGUUGGACAGGAGCUAGUCAAUACAGAAGCAGCUCAGUCACUCAUGAGAAUAAGUAACUUGCUCACUCCAAAUGAUUCAUCAGCAACAACAGUUACCCAUUCAUCAUCAGCUACAUUAGAACGCUGGCACACUGCAGCUGAAGAGUCACUACGUCAGGAAAUGGAAGAGGCUGUGUUCACACUGAGCAAUAAAUAUGAAGCAGUGCUUGCACAAUAUCGUGCUGGUGAUACAGCUGUAAUUAAUUCUGUUUCAGCAACCAUGGAAAUGGUGCUCUCAGAAUUUGCAGCAGUAGUAGCACAGAAAGCAGUAAUUGAUGGCCAGUUAGCAGUUGUCCAAAGUGAUGGAGAAUCUACAUCAUCUACCUCUGAGCCUUUGACCAUUGUAGAAGAGACUCGUGAUUCUGUUGGCUCUGCAAGUGAUGUAGUAGCUAGUGAAGCACACCUUCUCAUGUUCCUUGGUGGAUGUGAUUCAUCACUGGAGAGUUUAGUUCAGCCAGCCCUUGAUCAAGCUGAAUUUACUUAUAUGUACAAUAAGGCCAGUGCUCAAGGCAACAGUGAACUGACCAAACUUGUUAUUCAGGCUGCAAGUCAGUCCAAGGUUGACCUUUCCCCAACCUCCUUCAAACCCACCUCCUCGGCUUCUACUUUGUUAAAAGAUGGUGAAAAUGAGUCAUCCCUCAGUCUAAGUCAGUCUUCUCCGUCUAAGAUGCCAGCCUCUCCUAAAGUCAAGAGGAAAAGUGAGGGUCGCAGGUCUAGAAGAGCAUCUGACAUUACUGGAAUGACAGAUGGUUGCCGUCAGUGUGAGGAGCUCAGACAAGAGGUGGCAAAAUUGAAAAGGAAUUUAGAUACCAGGCGGGUUAAAGAGCGAGAGGCCGAGUGUAAACAGUGCCUAGAGUACAUGAACACAUUGAAGGCACUUGAACAAGAUCACAAAGUGGCACUAUCAGCUCUUCAGGCACAGCAUGAUGAAGAGAUAUCAAGAUUACGGAAAGAAGUCCGACAUGAGCCGCCAACUCGGGACAGUGAUGAUGAACUGACCGAAUUAAAACGAAGACUCUGUCUCCUUGAGGAGGGUUAUGAAGCCCAGAUUACUGCCCUUAAACAACAGUAUGAGGAAGCUCUUGGCAGCCAGCCUGAUGUGUGUGAAGAAAAAGUCAGACAGAGAUACCAAGUGGAAAUUGAACAUCUAAGAGGCUUAUGUGAGAAAGGUUUGGGAGCCAUGGAGAAUUCACAUAAACGAAUGUUGGCCGAGUUAGAGGAGAAACACAGGCGAGAACUGGCAGCUUUACAAGCAGAAAAAGAACAAGCCCUUGCUGAAGAGACUCAGGCCACCCUAGCUGCCCUGGAUGCUAUGCGGAAAGCACAUGAAUCAGAGGUGCAGAGGGAAAUUGCCAAGUUUAAAGAGGAAUUUAUCCGGAAAAUGCAGUCUGGGCAUGACAUAGGUGCUAUCCACAAAGAACAUGAGGCAGAAAUGGAGGAUAUCCAGCAUGAAAUUCUCUCCCUUUCCCAAAAGUAUUCCAUCAAAUGUCUAGAGUCUGCUGCACUUGAGGAAAAAGUGGAAACACUCAAUAAACAACUGACAGAUGCCAGCAAACAAGUGUUUGAUCUAGAGGCCCGCAACAAACAGCUCAAGGCUCACCUAUCUGCCCAGGUCUCACAACUCCAGGAUGAUUCCGGGAGAGACGCAACCACUCUGCUCCGUCUACGCGAGAGUGAGUUGGUUUUACGUAAUGAAGAGGUUGCACGACUGACUCAGCGGUUACAACAAACACAAUCUCACGAGGCCGACCUGGGCGAGCUCUGCCGCCAGCUGGGCCACUUCCUGAAAGCGGAACGACAGUUGAGGACCGACGAGGUAUCUGCUCUUAGAGAAAAACUUGAGCACAUCAUUCUCACCGCUGCCAACAUGCAAGAACAAAGGAGGGACGUCAACUCGGGGAGCAAUACUGAGGAUAAAUCACCACUACGGAGAGGCACAAGUUUGAGUGCAGCACGGGGCAAAGAGUUGAUGCGUUCUCCUAGCUGCCCUCGUCUCUCUGGAUUUUCGUCUUUUUUAUCGGUUGGCCCCUCCCAGGGGGUUACGGGGCCACCAACACAAAUCUCAACAGACCUACCCUCUCCCCUGGCAGGGAUGGUCGCCUCACGAAAGAAGGUAUUCGAGACACACAAAACAUUUACAGAAAAUCUGUAGAUGAAAAUGGGGAUGAGGAACAGUUGGAAGAUAUUGUGGAACAGUUAGAUGAAGCCCAGGAAGAGGGGGAUAUGGAAUCUCUAGUUAUGCAACAUGUGAACAAAGAUGGGUUUGUUCAGGAAGUAAGUACAAUGUGUGAGGAAGAACAAGGUUCUGGUGUAGUGCAGAAAAUGGUUCGCAAGUUUAGUCACCGUGGCUCAAGACCGAAGCCCUUCCUUGAAAGAAGAAACACUGUUGCCCGAUGCACCGAUGUUGCAAAUGAUGUUAAACAGGGGAAGCACAAUCUUGUUCGGCAUAACAGUGAAAGCCAGCACAUUAUUUGGGAUUACAAUGUAACUGGUGCUGAUGCUGCAACAGAUGUAGAGUUCGCAUCACUUAUGGAUCGUAUUAGUGUCUUGAACACAGAAUCAAAUGAAAGAGCUCAAACUCAGAGAGAUUCCACAGAAAGUUCUACAACACUUAGUCGUGACUCUUUUUCAAGACAGUCUCUACCUACAGGAGCUCUGAAAUCAUACAUGCGAGGCACGAAAGCUUCUGUCAUGAAAACAAAAGAAGGUAAUAUAACUCAAGAUCUGGAAGGAGAAAAAAAUGCAUCAAACUUGUGUCCUCCCUCACCUAGUGUAAGAUUGAACAAAAUUAAUCCAUUGUUGGAAACUUCUUCACAGUCUCAAAUUUCUAAUUGCAGCAGAUGUGAUAGCAAGUCUAGAAACCAAAAUUCAAGGUCUGAAAGCAGUGAGACUGUGCGAAGGAAAAAAGUGGUUAAUGUAAAACCCAAUAUUCCACUUGUAUUAUUAAAAGGUGCAAAAAAACAAAGUAGUGACACAUCUGCAA